UUCUUUUCACCAAAUUUUCAUUUUUGUUUGAAACAAUGGAAAAUUUAUCUUUCAUUGCUUGAAGAAGAUAAUCUCUGGAAACCAAUCAUGAUGCUGGAGGAUUACACUGCGAAAUCGAAGCUCAGUGAGAGUUCAACGUCAACAGUUUGGUUAGCGAAGCACAAGUUAACCGGAGAAGAAGCAGUGAUGAAGUGUUUCGAUCUCUCGAAACUCAAUCGCAAUCUCCGAACCUGCUUAAACAACGAGCUCGAGUUUCUAUCUUCCGUUGAUCAUCCCAAUAUCAUUCGUCUCCUCCAUGUUUUUCAAGAUGAGGAAUUUCUCGUUAUGGUUAUGGAAUAUUGUGAUGGAGGAACUUUAUCAUCGUAUAUUCAACGUCAUGGUAGAGUUGAAGAAGAUAUCGCCAAGAGAUUUUUGAAGCAAAUUGGAGCUGGUUUGGAAAUUAUUCAUGAUAAUCACAUCAUCCAUAGAGACUUGAAACCUGAGAAUAUUUUAAUUGUUGGAUCUGGUGAUGAUUUGGUGUUGAAGAUUGCUGAUUUUAGUCUGGCAAGAAAACUACUUCCGGGAAAGUAUCUUGAGACGGUCUGUGGUUCUCCGUUUUACAUGGCUCCUGAAGUUCUUCAGUUUCAGAGAUACAAUGAAAAGGCUGAUAUGUGGAGUGUAGGAGCAAUCCUUUUCGAGCUACUUCACGGGUAUCCACCAUUCCGGGGUAAUAACAAUGUUCAGGUUCUAAGGAACAUCAAAUCUAGUACAUCUCUUCCCUUCUCUCGGCUGAUUCUUCAACAGAUGCAUCCUGAUUGCAUCGACGUCUGUUCAAGAUUGCUUUCUAUUAACCCAGUUACUCGUCUCUCUUUCGAUGAUUUCUACAACCACAAGUUCUUGAGGCUAUGAUUGAUUUGUCCAUGAGAGAGCUGCAACACUGGGAAUAGAAGAUUCUCAGAGAGCUGCAACACUGAACACUUCAUUUGCUAUGUUAUUGGUUGAUAUCAGCGAAAGAGAUGUCCACCAUUCUAUAAUAACCGAUCAUCAGAAUGGGAAUGCUGAACAAGGAAGCGUCUUGCGAUUUAUUGUUUGCAGGAUGCAUACCUCCCACAGAGGCUUCUUGAAAAACUGAUGUAUAUAUACAAUACUGUUGAAAUGGCUCGUGUAACUGGAGUCCCUACCUCCUAUCUUAUUUCAAGAGGAGAGAGCAUCAACGUAUUGUACUAACGAUGAAAAGGCAAUGUGGAUCAAUGCUUCAUCACUAGUCCGGUCAUUUCUACCAUGUGCUUUGAUCACGUGUUUAGGGGUGGUGCUUGUCGGUUGGUCAUUCUAAUCAGCCAGCCUCUUCUCCAAAAUUAUGUUAAAUCUUUAGAAUUGUUCA